AUGAUUGGAUUUCACACCAACGUGUUCAUACAAGAGAAGCCAUUUCACUGCAGCAGUUCUUUGACUGCUCACAGACGUGUUCACAGGAGCAGAAACCAAGAUCACUGUGACAUCUGCAACAAAUCUUUUUCUGUCAGUAGUCAGCUAACUCUCAUAAACGUAUUCAUACAGGGGAGAAGCCAUAUCACUGCAACAUCUGUAACAAUCUUUCUGUCACCUGAAUACCCUAACUACUCUAAACGUAUUCAUACAGGGGAGAAGCCAUUUCACUGUGUCAUCUGUGGUAAAUCAUUCUCUGACCGAAGUGUUUUCAUUUCUCACAAGCGUAUUCAUACAGGAGAGAAGCCAUAUCAGUGUAACAUCUGUAGUAAAUCAUUCUCUCAAAAGGGUGUCUUGGAUACGCACAAAUAUAUUCAUUCAGUUGAGACACCAUAUUCCUGUAAUAUCUGUGGCAAGUCGCUCUCAAGCAAAAGAAGUUUAACUUCUCACAAACGUAUUCAUACGGGUGAGAAGCCAUAUUGCUGCAACAUCUGUAACAAGUCUUUCUCUGUAAGUAGUAAUCUGACUCUUCACAAGCGUAUUCAUACAGGAGAGACACCAUAUUCUUGUGAUAUCUGUGGUAAAUCAUUCUCCCGAAAUGACACAUUAACUAAUCACAAACGUUUCCAUACAGGAGAGAAGCCGUAUCACUGUGAUGUCUGUAAUAAAUCUUUCUCUCAUAGAAGUACCCUAAUGAAUCACAAACGCAUUCAUACAGGAGAGAAGCCAUACCACUGUGAUGUCUGUGGUAAAUCAUUCUGUGAAAGUUCCAAAUUGCUUGUACACAAACGUAUUCAUACAGGAGAGAAGCCCUUUCACUGUGAUGUCUGUGGUACAUCAUUCUCUAACCUUAGUGCUUUAAAUUCACACACGAUUGUUCAUACAGGGGAAAAGCGAUUUGGCUGUGAUAUUUGUGGUAAAUCAUUCUCUCAAAGUUAUAACUUGACUAAACACAAACGUAUUCAUACUGGAGAGAAGCCAUAUCACUGUGAUGUCUGUGCUAAAUCCUUCUCCGACCAAGCUGCUUUAAGUAGUCACAAGCGUAUUCAUACAGGAGAGAAACCAUAUUCUUGUAAUAUAUGUGGUAAAUCAUACUCUCGAAGUAGUUCUCUCACUUCUCACAAACGUACACAUACAGGAGAGAAACCAUAUUCUUGUAAUAUAUGUGGUAAAUCAUUCCCUCUCAGCACCACUUUAACUUCUCACAAACGUACACAUACAGGGGAGAAGCCAUAUCACUGCAACAUCUGUAACAAAUCUUUCUCUCGGAGUAAUAACCUAAUUACUCAUAAACGUAUUCAUACAGGGGAGAAGCCAUUUCACUGUGUCAUCUGUGGUAAAUCAUUCUCUGACCGAAGUACUUUCAUUUCUCACAAGCGUGUUCAUACAGGAGAGAAGCCAUAUCAGUGUAACAUCUGUAGUAAAUCAUUCUCUCAACAAGGUGGCUUGGUUAGGCACAAACAUAUUCAUUCAGUUGACACACCAUAUUCUUGUAAUAUCUGUGGCAAAUCGCUCUCAUGCAAAAGCAGUUUAACUUCUCACAAACGUAUUCAUACGGGUGAGAAGCCAUAUUGCUGCAACAUCUGUAACAAGUCUUUCUCUGUAAGUUGUAAUCUGACUAUUCACAAGCGUAUUCAUAGAGGAGAGACACCUUAUUCUUGUGAUAUCUGUGGUAAAUCAUUCUUUCAACUUGGCAACUUAGCUACCCAUAAACGUAUCCAUACAGGAGAGAAGCCAUACCACUGUGAUAUCUGUGGUAAAUCAUUCUGUACAAGUUACGAAUUGCUUGUACACAAACGUAUUCAUACAGGAGAGAAGCCCUUUCACUGUGAUGUCUGUGGUACAUCAUUCUCUCAACAGAGUGCUUUAAAUUCACACACGAUUGUUCAUACAGGGGAAAAGCGAUUUCGCUGUGACAUUUGUGGUAAAUCAUUGUCUACAAAUAACAAUUUGACUAGACACAAACGUAUUCAUACUGGCGAGAAGCCAUAUCACUGUGUCAUCUGUGGUAAAUCUUUCUCUGACCAAACUUUCAAGUUUUUACGAUAUGAUUGUUUGUAUUUAAAUGACAUUGUAGGGUAG